AAACAUAUGUAUUUUUUUUAAGAUGCAACUAAACGAAAUAAUCGAAAUAAUUUGUCAAAUUAAAAAUAAUUUACCUCGAAAAUUUCAGAAUCGUGGUAUUAAAUUAUGGAUCGCAAUAUCAAUAUUUAUUUUAAUUUUCUCGAUGACUUUAAUGAAUUGGACCAUUUCUCCUAAUAAUAAUGUAAAAUCAAAACCAAAAACUGCACCUAUUAAAAAACUUUCGGAUACAACAAUUGAUAUGUUUGAUGAUGUUAAAAAGUUAACAGCAAAUACAACAGUAGGAGGAUCAAAUGGAUUAGAUUGUCGUAAAAUAGCAAGUAUGAUUCAAAGGAGUCCAGCAUUUGAAUUUCAUGGAUGUCAAAUAGCAACAGGAUUACGUAAAUUUAAAGAAGAAAUAUUAGUAGCAAAUCUUUUAAUACAAAAAAUGUAUAGUAAAGGAUCAAGAGUAUAUGAAACAUUUGAUGAAAAAAUUGAAGAAAUGAUAAAACGGUUUAAAUAUCAAAAAAAGGGUAAAACGGAAUAUUUUAAAGAAAAAAUUAAUUUUAUAAUAAUAAAAAUUAAAGAAUUUAAACAAUCAAUAGAAGAAGCUCAAAAUUUUAUACAAGAAGUGGAAAAAACUAGAGAUAUUACUGCAGGUUAUAUUCAUGAUGGAAUGAGAGAAGCAGAAAAUUUUAUUACUACUGAAUUAGAUUAUUUAGGACAUACAAUUGAUAAAGAUUUUGCUAUUAAAGAAAUUAUUAUUAUUAAUAAUUUUUUAGAUCGUUUAAAUAAUAUUGCGGAUAAAUUAGAUAAAAUGAGGAAACUUUUAAUGGCUUACGAAGAUAAUUUAUCAGAUAUGUCUAAGGAACUUGAUAAUAAUAAUAGAGAAGAUGAUGAUGAAGAUGGUAUAUUUGAAGUUAAGAAUGAAGAUCUUGUCCAUUUACAAAAUGCUAUUGUUAGGGUGAAGGACAGUCAUCGUAAAUUUAUCCAAAAAUCUCUAAUUACUUGUUAAUAGCUUAAUAAAGCUUAUAAUAGCUUAAAUAGUUUAAAUAGCUUUGCUGUAUAGUGACGUAAUUAAACUGCGGUUAAAAGCUAUACUGCAGACUUCUGAUUCAUAAAUCAAUUUUUCUUUU